AGGAAUGCAAGCCACCAGAUCAGGGACACAAAAACAACCUGACCUUCGCACUCUCUUUCUCUCUCUCACACUCCCUCUUCCAUCCUGUGUUUUUUGCAAGUCUAGACGGACAUUGCUCACAUUCAGCCAGCCCACAUAAUCCUUCCUCUUCCUCCCUUUUCAAAACACGCGACUCGUCUCAUCCUCUCUCUCCCCCUCCACCCCCGCAAGAACUCUCUAGUCCAGGAUGUUGAAUUCUCUCAAGAAGCCCGCUACUAGCACACCAGCCAAGAAGACGCUCACAGCGGCCGAACGCGCCGAGCGAGCGGAAGCCGUCGCUGCGGCCGUCGCGGCUGCACAAGCUGCUCAGGCUGCUAAAAAGGCAGGCAAGUCUCCAGCUGCUGGUGCUGGUGCUGGUGCUGCCGCUGCCAAUGCUGCAGCAUCAGGAUCGAAACCCAACGGCAAGGAUACGAAGGACAGCAAAGAUAACAAGGACAAGGACAAGGACGGCAACAAAGAGAACGGAGAGGAAGGCGAGAACGGAGCAGGAGGGGAUGAUAAGGAUGAAGAAGAGGAGGAGAAGGAGACGGAGAAGGGUCAGAGUGCGGAAGCGAAGGCGGCGAUGAAGAAUAUGUCGGGGUACCAGCAGGACGUUGAGCGGGAGGGCGUUGAUUCUGCAAAGCUGGAGAAGGCAAUGGGUCUGAUCACGGAUGUGAUGAAGAAGCAAAAGGCAGAGAAGGCUACGACGGCACACAAGGACGGCGAGAAGUUGACGUUGUCAAAGGAAGAUGUUGAGUUGGUGAUGACAGAGAUGGAACUGUCGAAGCCCUUGGCAGAAAAGUAUCUCAAGGAACAUGGAGGCGAUGUCACAAGGACCUUGGAGGCCCUCGUCUCUGCUUAAGAAAAAAAAAAAGAAAAGGAAACAAAAAAAAAAGAAAAAAGAAAAAAGAAAAAUAAAUGUAGAGGCGAUCUAUCCUCUCACCAACUAUGCUUUGCAUACACCUGGG